GGGGCCCUCUGCGGAAACAGUGACCAGAGUCGCCCCGUGGAUCCUCACUGUGGCGGCUAGCACCGUAGAUAGGCUGUUCAUCACCAAGCUUGUCCACUCCACCAAGGAUGGAUUUUUCCGGCUUUCUUGCAUUCUCUUCGCCGUGUUCCUGUUGAUCAAACAAUGUUAAUAUGCCUGUCCCAGGAUGGACAGAGUCUUCUGGUCAGGAAAGAAAUUCAAUGGUCUUCACCGCAGUACAUAUCAUCACUUUCAGUGUCCCGUCAGUAGGAGCACGAAAAUCCGAGAUGGCCAAGGAUAGAAUCUUUCGUGUUUCCUGCAUUCUCGCCGUCAUGUUUCUGUCGAUCAAUAGCAUAGUAUACAGCUCCCAGGAUGUCGAUCAAUGUGGCAUUGAACCCUACUUUGCACCCUGCAUCCCUGGUAGAACCGGGUGUCCUCAUGGGAAGUAUUGCUGGCCUGAGUUGUAUGGGACAAGUGGGGAGAAGGCAUUAGCUGUAAUAAAGCGAGAGAAUCCAAUGGUGAUGGCCUCCAUUGUCAAGGUGGGAACCGCUGUCAUUAUGGACUACUGCUGCGAUCGUGUCUGGGUCUUGGUCAAUAACUCUGGUGUCGUUAUUAGGGUCCCUACUAUUGGCUAGCUAAAGCUAAAGAUCAUGCAUGUUACCAAAUGAAUCAAUAAAUAAGUUGCACCUUAAUUAGAGGCUUGGUUGAAUGUGAUGAGUGUUC